AUGGAUUCCGAGAAGACCAAGACCGGUCGCUUCAAUGGCAUCUUCAAGCCGACUGCCGUCCCUUUGUGGAUGCCUCUGUACAACCCAUCCCCUCUUCUCUUCAAGGAUUCUUUCAAGCUCACGACCCUCUUCGUCAUCGGCGCCCUUUUCCAGUGCGGCCUCUUCGUUAUACUGCCUUCCAAGUAUGCCGUCGUCCCUGCCUCCGCCCUCGCCCUCAGCUCCAUCGUCUCGACCGUCCUCGAGACGCGCGCCAGCAAGCUGAACCAGUAUGCCGAGGGUGUUGUGCCGGGCCGAACCACCGCCCAGAUCCCCGACCCUGCCACCGGAAUCAUCCCGGGCGUCGCCGCCUCCAAGUCGCUCAUCGUCUUCCACCUCGGCGUCCGCUUCAACCACCCCCUUGGUCUUCUCUCGCCCGGCGGCCGCGAGAUUGGCGCCUACUUCCAGCAGAUGAACGACGACCUCCAGAAGCGCGCCACCGAGUACGGCCUCUACCACAUGUCCAACUGGCUCGGCGCCGACAGCGCUCGCAACAACACCGUGCUCAACAUCUACUACUUCCGCGACACCGCCGGCCUCCACAGGUUCGCCCACGACGCCAUCCACCGCAAGGGCUGGGACUGGUACAACGGCUUCAACCAGAAGCAGAAGCACAUCGGCAUCUUCCACGAGACCUUCGUCACCGCCCCGCAGCACUACGAGACCAUCUACGGCAACAUGAAGCCCACCUUGCUCGGCGCCGCCAGCCUCGAGUGCAACAGCGAGGAGACGGGCGACAAGGUCUGGGUCAACACUCUCGUCAGCGCCGACGCCGGACCCCUCCGCGGCAUGACGCGCCGCAUGGGCAACAAGGACGCGCCUCUCGACGCGUAUGCCUGA